GUGAACGCCCUUAAAACUGGUAACAUUCAUAGUCUUACACAGUUCUCGCUUAUCAUGUUUGAUGAGUGCCACCACUCCAACAAGCAACACGUGUUCAAUGAGAUUCUUUGGAGAUACAUCGACAUGAAGCUUCAACCAGGCACCGAUGCCGCUUCGAUGUCAAGUCGUUGGAUUGACGGCUUCACUGGGUGUGGGUGGAAGUACUGACCCUGCCAUGGGUUUAAAACACAUGAAGAGUAUCUUAGCAAAUAUGGAUGCUAAGUUUCUGUGUACUGUAAGAUACGCAGAAAACAAAAGAGAACUGCUGAAACAUACGAACUGUCCUAUUGAAGAACCUGUUCGUGUUCCGCACAGAGUGAAUGAUCGAUUUCGUGAGGCUGUCAGUGGUGUUGUUAGACAGAUUGACAAUCACAUAUUGGAAUCUUGUAAUAUUUUGGACGACACAACUAGGGCGAAAUGUAGUAUACCUUUAGCGCAUUUUGGAACGGAGAGGUAUUCGCAAUGGAACGCUGAGUUCGUGAAGAAUACAAUGCCUGGGAUUCGGAUUGAUCCUGUGCGUCGGAUUUUGAAUCCAUGCAGAUUGCAUUUAGAGGCUUAUAACAAAGCACUCAUGAUUCAUCAGGACGCUAGAAUUAUAGAUGCUAUCAGACUGCUGAAGGAAUGUAUGGACAAACUUAGGCGGCCUGAUAUCCAUGACACAGACGCUACGCUGGUCAAGUUGUACGAUGGACUUUCUGAUUCCUUUGUCGAUCAACCUGAGAACCCAAAAUUAGUAAAAAUGGGAGAAAUUCUUCAAGACGUCCUUGUUGCUGACGAGAAUGCUAGAGGAAUAAUAUUUGUUAAAACCCGUGAACUCGCUAAGGCACUUGUUCGAUGGAUAAAUGAGUCGAACACUUUGACAAUUUUAAAUGCAUGGGAAUUAGUUGGGAAAAAUGCGGCAACUUCAAAAGGAGGUAUGACCAAAUAUAAGCAGAUGAAUGUUUUGAAGUAUUUCGAUGAUGGUCGCCACAGAGUUAUAGUAGCCACUUCGGUUGCAGAGGAAGGGUUGGACAUCCGGAAGUGUAACCUCGUGAUCCGCUAUGAGCACGUCACGAACGAAAUUGUACGGCUUCAAUCCAGAGGCCGUGCUCGGGCUGAUUUUAGUCGAUACCUUGUGAUAUCGUCAGAUCCAGCGAUACUUGAAAAAGAAGAAAAAAAUCGCCGUUGUGAAGAGCUUAUGAAUCGGAUCGUACCGCAAUUACAGGAGUUUAUAGAUGCUAACGGAAAUCUUUGGGAGAAAGAACUGCUUCAGAUACAAAAAGAGAUGAAAGAACAACGAGCCAGAGAAAAAGAGAAUAAACGCCGAAAUAUGCUAGGCGACCUCGAGUUCCAGUGCCUAAACUGCGGUGCAUAUAUUUGUUUGUCUAGCGACAUUAAGUGCUUCAAUAAAGACCAUCAUAUAAUAACUCACCCAGACAUUAAUGAAAGAAUCAGAAUGGAGAGCGGCUUUGUAAAUUUUCAAGAACCGGAAGGUAUGGAAUACGGCGGGCAGAUAUUUUGUGCCGAAAUUACUUGUCAGGAAAACCUUGGUUCCAUCUGUACGUUAAAGAACGCCGAAUUCCCCUUGGUCACUCUUAAAGCUUUUCGAGUUGAGAAGCCGGAUGGUACCGGUCGAUCUUACAAGAGAUGGAAAGAAGUUCCCUGUGAAAUAGCUGAAAUCACUGUUGAUGGUCUUAGUGAUGCCGUAGAUGCCCGGUUGAAUUACCUAGUGUAAAAGAUGUUCAUUUCAUUUUAUCAAAUGAUUAUGCCCCUUUAAACAAAGUGCCGCUUUGUUCAACAAUCUUUCCGUCACACUUUGUUGCUUAAUUAACAGUAACCUCUGGCUGGCUUUGGCUGAAAUUCUGCGAAGGCUUUACUAGUAAAUGGAGCUAUGAAUUAUUCCAGGCCGACCCGCUUUAAUAAUAUGUCUUAGUCUGAGUUACGGCUGCGAAUGCUGGUUCUUUGUCUUUGUUUCCACCUUGCACAAUAUAUUCCCAAAAUAUUGAGGUUCCUCUUUCCUCUUAAACUGAUGGGCGACUUGCGAUCAAACUUUCGCAGCUGACUUAUCAACUUUAAAAUACAAGGUAUCCGCCUGUAUCCAAGCGUAUGUAGUCGAGGAAUCAGUGUCUGCGACACAUUUCUAAUGUUCUCAUUACGUUUGGUCAUACUCUAAAACGAUUAUAAGAUUCAUCAUAAAAAUGAUGUUUGCAAACAAUCUUUACUUUGUGCUUUGGUGAUUUUUUAGAGUUAUUUUGGUUUGGCUUAUGAAAUAAUUAUAUACUAUGUAUGUUUUAUUCUUAUUGUGUAUUUGCCUUUGGAAGCAUAGAAAAUACUAACCAUAUGACUGGGAAACUAAACAUUAAUGCAUAAAUAUAUAAUUUUAAUAUCAUUUACACUUUCUAAUUGUAUUUUUUCGAUAUGUUCAAAUACGAUUUGGUUGUCAGAUUGGAUAAUUACUCUUUUGAGUCAUUUUACUAGUUAUUGUCUUGACAUGACAUUAAGAUUGAGACUAUGCAGUAAAGAGCACACAGCAUUUAAACUGAUACCGUUGUUAAGUUCUUGGUUGUUUUUCGCUUAGCUUCGAGAAAAUCGGGGUAUAUAUGGGCUUUUUGGGGGGCAGACACUAGCGAUUCGCAGAUUUCAAAACGCGCGUAUAAAAUGGGCGUUAAAUGUGCUUCUGAAAUGUAUCGUUUAAGACAAUGUAUCAAUAGAUUAAAACUCGUGUGCUUCAAUCUUUUCUAUUAUCAUGACUAGUCUGUCAUAUACAAUCUAUUUAUUGAAUGCUUUUGUGUGAUAUAUUAUUGCUGUGUGUAUAGUUAUCGCUGAAGAUAGUUUUGUCUGUAUCAAGUGCGUACAUCUAAAUGUAAUCCAUUAUUUAUUUGUUUUAACAUUUAAUAUAUUUUAACAUAUUAUUUACAUUAUUAUUAUGUGUUACAUAAUAUCUGCCAUUUAAAUAAAUAUUUAAUCA